AUGCACUCUCCAAAGGAUUUAAAGGAUGCAGGUGUUACAAAUACAGAGUCAAAGUUCAGAAGGUUGUACUUGUGUUGGGGUCUAUUGAAGAAAGCUUUUAUGAAUGCUUUCAGGCCAGUCAUAGGAGUUGAUGGAUACCAUUUGAAAGGGUCACAUGGUGGUAUUCUCUUGAGUACUGUUGGAAUAGAUGCAAACAAUUGCAUAUUUCCAUUUGCCUAUGCAAUUGUUGAGAAAGAGAAGAAAAAACCAUGGUUGUGGUUUCUAGAGCUGCUAGGACAUGAUCUAAAUUUUGUAAACUCUCAUUGUUAUACCUUCAUGAGUGAUAAACAAAAGGGUUUGAUUGAUGCAGUGGCUGAGUUGUUCCCAAAUGCUUCACACAAGUUUUGUGUGAGGCAUUUGUACAACAAUUUUAAGGGUGAACACAAGGGGUUGGUUCUAAAAGAUCUGUUGUGGAAGGCUGCAAGGGCAACAACUGUUCCUGUAUUUACUAGAGUGAUGGCAGAGAUUAAAGAAGUUGAUUGUAAGGCAUAUGAUUGGUUAGUUGAAAGACCACCAAUUCAUUGGAGUAGGAGCAACUUUAACACUUUUCCAAAGUGUGACCUUUUGCUAAACAAUCUAUGUCGAUGGAUUCCUAAAUGGAAUGGCAGUGAGAAAUUUGAGGUUAUAGGGCCAUAUGGUGAGCAAUACAAGCUGGACUUGCAAGCUUGGACUUGUGGCUGCAGGAAGUGGGAUCUGUUAGGCAUUCCAUGUGCCCAUGUUGUGGCUGCUACAAAUUUCUUGGGUCAAGAACCAGAAAAACGUGUUCAUCAGUAUUACAAGGUGGAGACUUAUCUGAAGAUCUAUGACAAUAUGUUGACUCCUAUUAAUGGUAGAGAAAUGUGGCCAAGAACUGAGUAUGCAAAGUUGUUGCCACCUGAUGUGAAAAAGAGAGCUAAGAGGCCUAAACAAAAUAAAAGAAAGGAGACUGAGGCACCAAUUCAAGGCACAAAGCUAGGAAGGCAGGGCACUAAAAUGACCUGUAAUAAUUGUGGAAAGGUUAAAAGGAGAGUGAUACAAGGAAGUCAAUCAACUCCAUCUCCAAUGAGUUCAACAAGCACACCAAAGGAAGGUCAAAUGAUGUGGAGAGGCAAGCUAGUGUACAAUGCUAAUGGCAUUAAAUCAGCAUCCACUGGACAGAAAGAGGAAGCGCCCACUUGA